CUGAUGCCGACCGCGCCAACAAAACCACCUCUCUUCACCUCUCCAUGUCUUCGCUCUUCAUUUGAUCACGCCCAAGCAGCCGCCCGUCGCAUCUUCCACUGCCUUCGGCGCCAUCGACGGCGUCCCCCUUCUCCCGAGCGCACAUGAAACUGGCAGGGUUUGUGCUCUGCAAGUGACGGCAUUAGACACUGCGCGAAAUCAUGCUGCCUUGAACUCCGCUUCCCGUCCACCACUACCCACGUCGUUACGUCUCCGCCCUUCUCAGCACGCGAGCGAUUACGCGGCAUCACUUGCCUUGUCUCUCAAACUCAGCAAAAAAGGAUCACCGCUCGAUGACCUUUGUUUCUCCUGUCCUCUCACAAGGCGUCCACUCUCUCGCAUCUGGCCAUGGUGACGAGAAAACCCGUACCUGGCAGCUAUAAGGCUGCUGCAACGGUGGCGACUUCACCCGGACCCACCGUGCCUUCGCCCAUUCCACCAACGCCUACUGUGAUUGCGCCUACACCGCUUGCCUCGCCCACGCUUUCGCAUGCAGCGCCAAUUGCUACUCCGCUGCAUCCUCCGCCACCGCCCCCUCCCCCUCCUCACGGCGACGACAAGACGCCAUCUCCUGCAACAAAACAGGCCACGCCAGAGGACUCCUCCGGUGAGGAUGAGGACGAGGACGAAUGGGAUAAGUCCGACUCAGAGGAGGAAGAACGGGAGAUGACCGACGACGACGAGCGCAAGCUCACUCCGGAAGCGGAGGUUCCGGCACCGCUACGAAUAAGCAGACCGCCCUCACAAGAACUCGACAAAGGCAAAGCCAAGCAGAUCCCCGAUGCCCUGAGAGCCGGCCCCCCCGGAGGAGCACCUCCUCCUCCGCUGGCAGCCGCGAAUGUGUCACAGGAAAGCCUGACUGCUUCUCGCAACGGUGAGGCCGGCAAUAGUGUUGGCAGUAACAAUCCUUGGAGAUCCGUCAGCCAAUCGCCGCCGCGGUCAGAUGCCAGCAAACCAUUCCUAAGACCGCAGAACACUGGGGAAGCGCUGUUUGGGAAUCAGAACUCGAGCGCAGCGUGGAGCGGAGCUUCGUCCUUGCAUGCAGGCGGCAUUGUUGCAGAGUUGCCUGCAGUGAUGAGUCCCACAGAGGAGAAAAGGCAGAAUGUGGAGAUCAGCGAGUUGCCUGCCGUCUCGUCGCCCGUGGAUAGCUCGAAGCAACAUCAUCAAAUGUUGAUGCCCGGCGUGCCAGAUGCGCAGCACAACGCUGAGGAUACGACUCGCCAAAGGCCCGUGUCGACGUCAGAUCCGUUCGGGCCAAUCCCUGAGGAGGGACUGACGGGAAUGCCGAACGCGUGGCAGGGCCAGGCGAUGAAUCAGGGAGACAAUCAGAGGGAAAAUGUGGCUGACCAGUCGCAGAGUCAGUCAGUUACUGCUGAUCUGUUGGCCGACUUUGAAGACUCAGCUCCUCCGCUGCCAAUGCGGUCUGGUACAGCGGAGCAGCCACCACCCAUGCCACCCCGACGUUCUGAGGCCGAUGCGGUCGGUACAGCCGAGGCUACGUCGAGGCAGCGUUCCGACUCCCCUACAGCAGCCAUGAAGAAGCAAAGAAACCAGACGUAUCAAAUAAAAAAGGUGCGGUGGUUUGAUGACAGAGUACGAGAUGUGAGGGUUUCGCCGAUAUUGGUUCAGAACGCUAACGGACCAUGUCCGCUGCUUGCGCUGGUGAAUGCGCUCACGCUAUCGACACCAAGGGAUCUCGAUACGGGACUUGUGGAGACGCUGAGGUCACGGGAACAGGUCAGCCUGGGGCUGUUGCUGGACGCUGUGUUUGAGGAGCUUAUGUCUGGUCGGAGAGGAGACAGUGCACAAGAACUUCCUGACGUGGGAGAGUUGUAUUCGUUCUUGAUCGCACUGCACACAGGCAUGAAUGUCAACCCGCAAUUCACGCUUCCAGAAGGGUCCUUAGCACAACGACAAGUUGGCGUGUUUGAGCAGACGAAGGAGAUGAGAUUGUAUGGCACAUUCAAUAUACCUCUCCUGCAUGGGUGGAUCCCGGAGGCCGAUUCGGAGGCAUACGCCGCCUUCGAGCGGUCGGCGAAGACAUAUGAGGACGCGCAGAAUAUUCAAUUUUACGAAGAGGAACUGGAGGCAAAGUUGAGCUCGAGUGGGCUGAAUACUGAGGAACAGCACAUGUUCGAAGAUCUAGUCUCGAUCAAGCAAUUCCUCACAACAUGGCCUACACAGCUGACGGACUACGGUCUGAGCAUCAUACAAGAGCAGCUCAAGCCCGGUCAAUUUGCGAUAUUGUUCAGGAAUGAUCACUUCUCCACAGUGUACAAACAACCAAGAUCGAAUACCCUGCUGACACUUGUCACGGACGCCGGGUACGCAUCGCACGACGAGAUUGUUUGGGAAAGUUUGGUCGACAUAAACGGAAUGCGUACAGAGCUGUUCUCGGGAGAUUUCAGGCCCGUCAGUCACAACAUUCCACCAGAAAGCAGCUCGUCUGGGCCGUCUGUCGGUGCGAGGAACAGCUCCCUCGGCUCUCAGAAUGUGCAAAGCAUGCUCGACGUUGACCAAGGCUGGACUCAAGUGUCCGGGAAGAAAGGGAAGCGCGGAAAAGGUGUGGGGAAUUCUGCGGGUGGUCAGCAGACGGGAACCAUUGGAGCUUCGUCGUCAUCGUCGAGACUAGGUCAACAAGAAGAAGCAAGAUCCGAUCUAGAAAGGACACGCGUCGAGCAAGAAGAUGCAGACCUAGCGCUCGCUCUUCAAUUGCAAGAGGAAGAGGAAGAGCGCCAGCGUCUCGAACAGAGCGACCGACGUACCCGACAGCUCUCCUCCCAAGUGCUUGACCAAAGCGCGCCACCCACUCCUAUUCGACCGCUCGUCCAAGGCCGCCGCAACUUCACCACCAACAGGCCAGUUUCGGACUCUGAUGAGGCACCGCCACCCUCAUAUGAAGACGCCUCUAAGGAUCGGCGCUUUAACCCGCCGCACGAUCAUCCUGCCUCGCCUCACGCGCCCAUCACGGCCGCGACAGGUUCCAGCAGCGCGUAUACGGAAAAUGCCAGGCAGCACAGCGGGUCGUUUAGCACGAGCAAUCUGCCGGGGUCGGGUCAGCGCAGAUCGAGCGGCCAAGUGCCUAGCGGGGGAGGCAGAACGACUUUGAUCGAUAGAAUCCCAGAUCAUCUGCAGCAGCGGUGGCAGCAGCACGCGCAGUUAAGAGGAUCAGGCAGGCUUGGAGGACCGGCGAGCCCUGUUGGCGGGCCAUCGUCCAGAGACGAGAAGUGCGUAAUGAUGUAGACUUCUGACGGCGGUAGCGUCGUCUUGAACGAGGGCAUACUUGUUUCGAAUUGUUUGAUGAGGCUUCCAGGGUUCCAAAUUUCUCCUGUGGGCGUGUUAAUGGGUUUUGCCGUGGUACAUGAAUGUACUCGGUUUGGAGAUCCAGGAUCUUAUGGGUUUGGAUUGGCAUUUUGGUUCAACGGACACAAGCCAGGGAUUUGGAGUUUCACAUGUAGAUACCCUGUAUUGGGGAACUGGCUCUUCCAUAUCAUUUCAUUUGGUGCCAAAUAGCAGUACAUUUGUGAAAAAACCGCGAAUGUCAUCUUUGAUUCUGUGCUCAC